ACUUGAGCCUCCACCUUCUCCGCGUCUCACCUUCUUCUCCGUUCUCCUUCCGCUCCCCUCUUCACAACGAAGCCCUAGUGUCCCGCGACAUGGCAUCUGGUCUGGAGGAGAAACUCGCGGGGCUCUCAACGGGCGGCGACGGGCAAAAUCCUCCGCCGGCGGGUGAGGGCGGAGAGGAGCCGCAGCUCUCGAAGAAUGCGAAGAAGAGAGAGGAGAAGAGGAAGAAGCUGGAAGAGGAGCGGAGGCUCAAGGAGGAAGAGAAGAAGAACAAGGCUGCGGCUGCCAGUGGAAAACCUCAGAAGGCAUCUGCUGCUGACGAUGAUGACAUGGAUCCCACUCAAUACUAUGAGAAUAGGCUCAAGGCUCUUGAUUCACUGAAGGCCACAGGUGUAAACCCCUAUCCCCAUAAGUUCCCGGUUGGCAUUUCUGUACCCGAAUACAUUGAGAAGUACAGGACCUUGAGCGAGGGGGAGAAGCUUACAGAUGUGGCAGAGUGUUUAGCUGGGAGGAUCAUGAACAAGAGAACAUCGUCGUCGAAGCUAUUCUUUUAUGAUCUUUAUGGUGGUGGCAUGAAGGUUCAAGUGAUGGCUGAUGCCAGGACCUCAGAGUUGGAUGAAGCUGAAUUUUCUAAGUACCACUCAGGUGUGAAGCGAGGUGAUAUUGUUGGCAUAUGUGGAUAUCCAGGAAAAAGCAACCGAGGGGAGCUUAGUGUAUUUCCAAAGAGAUUUGUCGUCCUCUCUCCAUGUCUUCAUAUGAUGCCUCGACAGAAGGGUGAAGGAAGUGCAGUGCCUGUACCGUGGACUCCAGGAAUGGGUAGGAACAUCGAAAAUUAUGUUUUGAGGGACCAGGAAACUCGGUAUCGUCAAAGGUAUCUUGAUCUUAUGGUAAACCAUGAAGUGAGGCACAUCUUCAAGACACGAUCUAAAAUUGUCUCAUUUAUCCGAAAGUUUCUUGAUGACCGUGAAUUUUUGGAGGUGGAGACUCCGAUGAUGAACAUGAUUGCUGGUGGAGCAGCUGCAAGGCCUUUUGUUACACAUCACAAUGAAUUAAACAUGCGGCUUUUUAUGCGCAUUGCUCCUGAAUUAUAUCUGAAGGAACUGGUUGUUGGUGGAUUGGACCGUGUUUAUGAAAUUGGAAAGCAAUUCAGGAAUGAAGGAAUUGAUUUAACACACAAUCCUGAAUUCACAACUUGUGAAUUUUAUAUGGCGUAUGCAGAUUAUAAUGAUUUGAUGGAGCUUACUGAAACCAUGUUGUCAGGCAUGGUUAAGGACCUGACAGGUGGCUAUAAGAUAAAAUAUCAUGCAAAUGGAGUUACUAACCCCCCAAUAGAAAUUGAUUUCACGCCUCCCUUCAGAAGGAUAGAUAUGAUUAAAGAUUUGGAGGCUAUGGCCAAUCUCAGUAUACCAAAAGAUCUAUCAAGUGAUGAAGCGAAUCGUUAUUUGAUAGAAGCAUGUGUGAAGUAUGAUGUGAAAUGUCCACCUCCCCAAACGACAUCGCGGUUGCUUGACAAGUUGGUUGGCCAUUUCUUGGAGGAGACAUGUGUGAAUCCAACAUUUAUCAUCAAUCAUCCAGAGAUAAUGAGUCCAUUAGCAAAGUGGCAUAGGUCCCGACCUGGAUUGACUGAGAGGUUCGAGUUGUUUGUUAACAAACAUGAGGUGUGCAACGCAUACACAGAGUUGAACGAUCCUGUUGUGCAGAGGCAACGGUUUGAGGAACAACUAAAGGACCGUCAAUCUGGUGAUGACGAAGCUAUGGCUUUGGACGAAACAUUCUGUACUGCCCUUGAGUAUGGUUUGGCACCAACAGGUGGUUGGGGCUUGGGAAUUGAUCGCCUCACGAUGUUGCUAACAGAUUCUCAGAACAUUAAGGAAGUACUUCUAUUCCCGGCUAUGAAGCCUCAAGAGUAGUAAUCCACAGCCAAAAGCCACAAAAGGGUAUGCUUACGAGUCUGUAACUUUUAAGACUCUUUGUUUGCUCGGUUGAAAACAUUAAAGCAUGUAAGGCAUUUUUUCUAUGCAUUUUUCAAGUUGAAAGAACAUUUAAAUAAUGCACCUUUCUGAGGUAUGGUUUAGAGUUAGGGUGUCUAUAAUUCAAUACACAUUUUUAGGCCAAGUGACCUCUUAACGUUUUUCUGCAUUUAGACUGUGCUCAGGAUCGUUCAACUCUGUGUAUGUGUAUAGGUGUUCUCACAGACUUUUUAAGGUUGUAUAAAAUUAUGACUUCCACCACAGAAAUUAUAAACAAGAUUAUAUUUUGUUAUAAUGUAUGUGAUCAGAAAAUAACUGCUAGCAACCCACAAUUAGGUGGGUCCAAUUGAGAUAGAACAUUAAAAGCUACAUUACCAUUUUCAUCGUGACUAAUGAGUAAUGACAUUGACAUCCCAUAUUUUACCCCCAUGCCUUGGCACCAGCAAAGAACGAUGAUUGCCUAUUACCCUGUGCUGGGCUUGAGGUGGAUGAGGGAACAUACACCCUACACUAUGGUGAUAUUUCAAGAUAUCUGUAUGAUUCUAGAUUCACUGGGCGUGCUGUGUCCAUUGUUCUACUUUAUUGGAAGUUCUGUUUGAGAUGCUGCAUCUUCAGUUGUCUACUGCCCCGGUGCUGAUUAUGUUGUAUAAUUCAGACGUGCUCAUUGUUGAUUUUGUACACGAGUUUGCACUGCAUAGGCAGAUAGGCUGGAGGAUACGCUAACUUGGAUAUUUGUGUCACAGCUCAAAGCAAACAUGAUGCUACAUAGGCUGGAGGAUACAUCAAAGUUGGACCUGUUGUGAAUUAUACUUAUUUUUGCUCUUGUGCGUGCGAGGUUUCCAUUUUUCAUUAUUUGUAUUUCCCAGCAGACAGUUAUUAACUAAAUACUGUAACGUCACAGUAAGUUCAGUUUAACUUCAAACAUUGUAGUUUUGAGGAGAUUGCAAAUAUUUCGGGUCAAUGCAAUUGGUGCUUUUGAUAGCCA